CCUGUUUAUGUUCUUUGAUUCAGCAAAGAGCAAACGCAGUAGAAUAGCACUCAUUCCUCAAAAGGAAGAAGAGCUUACCGAAAACAAAACAAAAGGGUGUGUGUGUGGGGGGGAGACUGAUACUUCUUGAAAGAAGAUAAAAGGCCAAAGAAAAGAAACCCAAACUCACAUUCUUCAUCUACCUUGCACCAUGUCACGUUCUGCACCAAGAAGAACAGAAAACCACAAAAUAAACAAAGAUCUCUUUGUCCUCACCUAUGGAGCUCUAGUUGCCCAACUCUGUAAGGAUUAUGAGAAAGAUGAAGAUGUGAACAAAUACUUAGAUAAAAUGGGAUAUGGCAUUGGGACUCGGUUGAUAGAAGACUUUUUGGCACGAUCUUGUGUCAGAAGAUGCCACAGUUAUUCAGAAAUCACAGACAUAAUUGCGCAGGUUGCUUUCAAGAUGUACUUGGGAAUUACACCAAGUGUGGCCUGCAGAAACUCAAGCCGAAAUGAAUUUUCCCUAAUUCUAGACAAGAAUCCUCUGGUGGAGUUUGUGGAAGAGCUGCCUGCCGGGAGAUCUUCCUUGUGCUACUGCAACUUACUUUGCGGGAUUAUCAGAGGGGCCUUAGAAAUGGUUCAUUUGACUGCUGAUGUUACAUUCUUGCAAGACAGACUAAAAGGCGACAGUGUGACAGAAAUAGGGAUAACAUUCCUGAAAAAGCUAGAGGAGAAAAGAUAUAGGCGGAAAAAAUGAAGGAUAGUUUGCGAAGUGCCACAGCGUGACUAGCUGAAGAGUUAAUACUAUUGAGAGCAUGUAUAGCUACAGAAAUCUCGAGCUGCUUAAUUAAUUAUGGGCUAUAAAAAGUUCAUAAUAAACCAGAAAUAUGAGAUGUAGGGCAGUAGGAUUUAAAGCUAG